GUAACAAUUUCGGAAAUCAAAAUUCCAGUGAUGACUACGACUAAAAUAAAUUAAUGAAUAGAAACAGAAUGGGAAAGUCGAAGAAACGUCAAUGUAACCUGAAAAAAUUCUGCAGCUCCCAGUCAAGAUCCCGGCCCCGCCGAAAAUCCCCGGCCCGUCCAAAGAAACCCGAGUCACGAGCGAUAUUCUCGACGAAAGUCGAAACAUGGAGGUCCCACGGUGAGAAGGCGUACUGUCCCAUUUGCAAGAAGCCAGUAGUUCCGGUUGUAUUGGAAAAACGUAGGAGAGUCACGAGCUCGGGUUUUGCUGCCAUUUGUCUCCUCGGGUGCUGGCCAUUGUGCGCUCUGUUCCCAUUGAAGGGCGAUAGCAGUGCAUUGCAGACGCGCUGUCCCAUCUGUGGCUACGAGUAUCGCUCCCUCGAUCAUGUCAAGGUGAUCUCACCAUCAAAGGCAUCAUCAACAUCGACACUAUCAAAUUCCCGGGACAAGUCUCACUGUCUCCUGAAUACACAAAUGAACAUUCAUUCUCAGAGAGCACUCGAGUUACAUGACAAGCAGUUGAUGGAAAUUGAUAGUAAAAGAACUAAAACGAUGGAAAGUGCAUCGGUUCAAACCCAUCUAGCAGUCGAGCGAAUUGAUCACACUCAGCCAUCUGAUGGAUGUGGAUGUCACGAAUCGGCUGACAUCAGUGAAAAACUCUCGUCCUAUCGACUUGUGGAGGAGUUCGAGCACUACAGACAUCAGAAUAAUGCGUCGAAAUUACCGCAGUGUGGAUUUCUUCAUCACAGGUGUAAUCCACGACCCUGCGCAACUCACGACACCAAGUUACCGAUGGUUACGAUGAGUCAUGAUGGAGGAGUGAGGCGAACAAACUCCGUGAUCUAUGGCAAUAAAAAUUGCAACGAAUCCACUUGUAAUGAGGAUCAAGCGUGUAAUCGUGUCAAUUGGACAGACAAUGACUGUCGGAUUUCUUGGCCUGCUGAGGAUACGUGUUGUCAGGGGAGAUUGAAGGGUGAUGGGGAUUAAAAAUUGAGGAGGAGUUUUGUUCUAUCUGGAGGUGUUCAUUCAUGAAGUUGAUUCUGAUAAAAAGAA